CUUUAGAGAGUGGGCAAAUGGCUCGAUAAACUUUCUUUGUGAUGAAUCCUGCGGGUCUUGGGUUCAAGAGACACUGUGGCACUCACACGGAAUAGGAAGAUGAACUAAGAUAACCGAAUUGGCGUAAAGCUGCCGCGUUUACUCGGUGUAGGGUAGGAUUUCUAGGAAGAGCUCACCGAGCAUGAGCGGAAGUGGUGCGUCAUUUUUGGUGACCUCAAUGACAACCGGCCGUGAAAAUACUUUUUUCGUCUCUCUCGUUUCACUCACAGGCAAAGGGGCAAACUCACGUACACGUCGGCAAAGGGCAGUGCAUUCGAACGAGUAUCACACUGCCCAAUGGCGUUCUAGUUUCCUUUGGUAAAGAUGGUGGAGGUUGAGGAAACCAAUAGGAAGAAUGCUUCCGGGUCGCCGUGUGCCCUGAUCUAAGAUGGCGGACGAGGCCACCCGGCGUGUUGUGUCCGAGAUCCCGGUGCUGAAAACGAACGCCGGGCCCCGGGAUCGGGAGCUGUGGGUGCAGCGACUCAAGGAGGAGUACCAGGCUCUUAUCCGGUACGUGGAGAAUAACAAGAAUGCUGACAAUGACUGGUUUCGACUGGAGUCCAACAAGGAAGGGACCCGAUGGUUUGGAAAAUGCUGGUACAUCCAUGACCUACUUAAGUAUGAGUUUGACCUCGAGUUUGACAUCCCGAUUACAUAUCCCUCUACUGCACCAGAGAUUGCUGUCCCUGAACUGGAUGGAAAGACGGCAAAGAUGUAUAGGGGUGGCAAAAUAUGCCUAACUGAACACUUCAAACCUUUAUGGGCUAGGAAUGUACCAAAGUUUGGACUGGCUCAUCUCAUGGCUCUAGGGCUGGGCCCUUGGCUGGCAGUAGAAAUCCCAGACCUGAUCCAGAAGGGGGUGAUUCACCACAAAGAGAAGUAAUGUCUCUGCCUGAACUUCUGAUGUACUUGGCUCCUGCCUCCUUCAGCUAUCACCACUUUCAUCCACCCAGCUGAUAUAGUGGGCCUUCUCUGCCUUUUGCUUUGAAGUUGCAGUGACUGGGCCUCUGGGUUGCAUUGCUGUAAAUAAGCUUUGCCCCUACUGGUAGUCUGGCAUCACUUGGGGACAGGGCUGAGAGCGCCUGGCAGACGUUGGGACCAUGAUUCUACCACUACCCCACUACUUGGAAAGCUGUGAGGAUCCUGGAGAGAUGCAGCUUGUGUCACCUCCUCUGCUGGAGGCAGUAGCUAAGUCCUCCUUGAAUAAAAGCUGCUUCCCUUGGC